AUGAGUCGCUGGGGAUCUAGCUUCUGGACUGGAGGGCAGCGCCUGUCGCCGUUUGGCUCCAGAUCUCACGCCCCGCCUGUUAUCUCCGACGAUGACUUCUCCUACAUCACAUCGGAAGACUUGGCGGAACCAAGCAGAGCAUAUGACCCGCUGUCUCGCCCACCAGCGUCGAGCGACUUGGAGGAUGACGUGUUGCUGCUGAAGAACAAGGGAAUCACAUAUCCGCUGAAGUUCCCUGCAUUCAGCAUCGGAGAUGGGAAGCUGCUCGUCCGGGAUGUACGAGAGCGUGCUAUGGUGGUGCUUGGCAUCAGAAACAGGCCUAUAAAGCUACUAUACAAGGGGGGGCAGCUGAAGGACAACGAGGGCCUCUGCCGCGAUUAUGGCCUGAAGGAUAAGUCCGAGGUCUUGUGCAUCGUGGAAGAGCCUCCGGCUGGCGACUCGGACUCGGGUCUCAGCGACACGGGGACCGGUGGGUCCAAGGAUUCAAAGAAGAAGAAGAAGAAGAAGUCUAAGAAGGGCAAGUCGGGCAAGUCGAAGAAGAAGGGCGACAAAGACGACGUCAAGGAGGGGCAGGGGGGUUCUGGAGGAGGAGGGUCACGGACAGACUCGCCAGCUAAUGCUCCGAAGACACCGCUAGAAAAACUGAACGCUAUUGCAUCGGACUUCCAUACGAAGAUCCUCCCGCUUUGUAUUGUAUACACGGCAAACCCACCAGAAGACCCGAAGAAGAAGGACUUUGAGCAUAAGAAGCUGGGCGAGACGAUCAUGUCCCAAGUACUACUGAAGUUGGAUGGAGUUGAUACGGAGGGAGACCCAGAGGCCAGGCAGGUCAGAAAGGACCUUGUCAAGGAGACACAGGGAGUUUUAGAUGGGCUCGAUGCGGCUGCGGCCCGGUCUUGA